GUGCGGCGCCGCCUCGGGAGGCCGCGACGGAGCUCCCGGACCCGCCAUGGGCUGAGACGCGUCCUCUCCGAGCAGAACACGCCUGGGUGAUGCCCUUCCAGAGCUUCCUUGUGGCCUGCCUCACGCUCCCCAGCGACACUAUGCAACCCCAGCGUGACCUGCGAGGCCUCUGGCUCCUGCUGCUGACCUUGUUCCUGCUCCUCUUUGAGGUGUCCAGAGCUGGCCGUCCUAUGGUUAGCUGUCCGGCCGCCUGUCUGUGUGCCAGCAACAUCCUCAGCUGCUCCAAGCAGCAGCUGCCCAGCGUGCCCCAGGCCCUGCCCAGCUAUACGGCCCUGUUGGACCUCAGCCACAACAACCUGAGCCGCCUGCGGGCUGAGUGGACGCACACCCGCCUGACCCACCUGCACACCCUGCUGCUGAGCCACAACCGCUUGAACUUCAUCUCCUCUGAGGCCUUUUCCCCGGUGCCCAGGCUGCGCUACCUAGACCUCUCCUCCAACCAGCUGCACACCCUGGACGAGUUCCUUUUCAGCGAGCUGCAGGUCCUGGAGGUGCUGCUGCUCUACAACAACCACAUCGCCGAGGUGGACCGCAGCGCCUUCGAGGACAUGGGCCAGCUGCAGAAACUCUACUUGAGCCAGAACCAGAUCACCCGCUUCCCGCUUGAGCUGGUCAAGGAAGGCACCAAGCUGUCCAAGCUGACGCUCCUGGACCUCUCCUCCAACAAGCUGAAUAUGCUGCCCUUGACUGACCUGCAGAAGCUGCCCGCAUGGAUCAAGAACGGGCUGUACCUGCACAACAACCCCCUUCACUGCGACUGCAAGCUGUACCAGCUCUUCUCCCACUGGCAGUACCGGCAGCUGAGCUCGGUGACGGACUUCCACGAGGAUCUCUACUGCAAGAACUCCAAGAAGCUGUACAACGUCUUCAACAUGAGCUUUCUCAACUGCAACGAGUACAAGGAGCAGGCCACGGAGGCCCACCUGGGGGACAGGUUGACCAUCCAGUGUGACACCAAGCAGCAGGGGAUGACGAAGGUAUGGGUGACACCAAACAAUGAGCGGGUGCUAAGUGAGGUGGCCAAUGGGACGGCCAGCAUGUCUCCAGAUGGCAGCCUUGUUCUCCAUCAUGUCCAGGUGGAGGAUGGGGGUGUGUAUACCUGCUACGCCACGGGGGAGGCUUUCAAUGAGACACUGUCUGUGGAGAUCAAAGUGCACAAUUUCACCUUGCACGGACACCACGAAACCCUCAAUACAGCCUAUACCACCCUGGUGGGCUGUAUCCUCAGCGUGGUCCUGGUCCUUAUAUACCUGUACCUUACCCCUUGCCGCUGCUGGUGUCGGGGCGUCGAAAAGCCCUCCAGCCACCAGGGAGACAGCCUCAGUUCUUCCAUGCUUAGUACCACACCCAACCACGACCCUAUGGCUGGCGGGGACAAGGAUGAUGGCUUUGACCGGCGGGUGGCCUUCCUGGAACCUGCUGGACCUGGGCAAGGUCAAAACGGCAAGCUCAAGCCAGGCAACACCCUGCCGGUGCCCGAUGUGACAGGCAAGGGCCAGCGGAGGAUGUCGGAUCCCGAGUCGGUCAGCUCCGUGUUCUCCGAUACGCCCAUUGUGGUGUGAUCAGGGUGGGUUGGUGGGAAGAUUCUGCCCCAGGAGAGGUAAUGCACCCCUGAAGGAUACGAGGGGGUGGAAGAGAGGGCUGGCUGCCCAAGGGAGAGGGUUCCCCCACAAUCUGAAGAGAAUUAGUCACAGGUAGAGUGUAACUGCCAUCAUCUUCAAACGUGGUUAUAUUAAACCUCAGGCAAAGGCUACUCCCUGCCCCAAAGCCGGGCAACUCCGAAUGUGACCGAGGAGGAGUGUGGCUGCACUGGGUAGGAAUGAGGAGGGGUGAGGGAAAGCCCCAAACUUUUUCAAGAUCAUCCCUAGCUCCUUAAGGGAGAACCAUUCGGGAGGGGCUGUCAUAUUUUUCCCCAUCUCUGCCCACCUGCACCUGUGAUGCUGUGGGGUGGGGGUGAGGGGGAAGGUGGCCUUCCACAGGAGCCUCACUAGGGACAGGCUCUAGUACGUGCUUCCUGGCCAGUAAGUCCGACGUUACAGCCGAGGAUUCAGGAAAGGUGAAGACCCCAGUGGGUAACAUUCCCCAAAGUUGUUGUGAGACUUCCCAUCGGCACCAUCCUCCUCUUUCCCAAACAGCCUUGGGGUCAAGCCCUGGCCUGUUGCCUCUCAGGCAUGGCUGCAAAGUGAGAUGUGGCAUUUGUGCCUGGUUUUUUACCUAAUGGCACAGAGGGUCUACAGCAUGGACUGAAGGGGUGGUGGAGGGGGUCCAUGUCAGCACAGGUGCCAGCAGAAAACUUGUAGAACGCAGCGGGGGAGGGAGGGCAUGGCUGCAGAUUGCCUGGCUGGUCUGUGAAGCCCCUGGUUAGCGUUUGAUUCCCAGCACCUGUGUGGCAGACCAGGUUAGGCACUGCUGAAGGCAGAGCUUUUGUGGGAGAGCUUACCAGGGACAAAGGAUGGAGGGCCACAUCACAGUAGAGGGGUGGGGAUAAACCAGCCUCUCCUAUGUAGGAUCCUGCUGGACCUACCUGAAGUCCAGUGUAUGCUAACUCUUCAUUCAGUCUCAUCCAGCUUAGGUGGGGUUCCGAGUGUCCCCCAAUAUGCUGCUAUGCAAGGAGAGAGUCUGCUCCCUCUGGGUUAGACUGAGCUGGGGGUAGAGCAGACCUGGGAUCCCAGAGCUGCCUUGCUUCUCUCCCAGGGUUCUCGCCCCUGCUGCAAAGCCAGUCUGCCCAGAAUGGCAAUUUGAAGCAUGGAUUAGCGCUCUGUCCUCGCCACAAGGUUGCAGGCCAUCCUGUGGCAGACAGCCAAUGGCACCAAACUUUCCCAAGGGGUGGGGGUGGGGGGCCCCCCGCAACCCCCGCCCCUCUCAGCCAGAGGCCCCUGGACUUGUGGCUGUUAGGCCAGAGGAGCGCCACAGAAUGAGCCCAACGUUCCACCCAAGGUUGCAGAAUACUUUGGGUGUAGAGAUUCGGGCUCCCUUUCAGGUCUCUCUAGGCCCUGGGAGGUGGUUGCUCAGAGCUUUGGCCGGAGGUGAGCAGGGCAAAGGUGAAAUUGUUCUCUGAUGUCGGUCUUUUUCAGUCUCCCCCUUCUCUCCGCCCCCCCCCCCUUGCGUUCUGUGUCCAUUGGAAGUUCUCCAGAGCCUCUGCUUACCUGACGUGCUCUUUAGUUUCCCAGAGGGAUGAUUCCCUGAGGGGAAGGGUGUUUGCUCAGAGGACCAGGUUUAAGAUUGUGGGGGGUGGACUGGAACUCGGCCCCUCCCUUGUCUGUGCCUAGAUCUGAAGAUGGCUGUCUGCCCUGAGCGACCUCGUUUGGUCAAGAGAGGGUGCGGCAUUUCCCUCAAGUACCUGCAUGCUCAUAGGUGUGCAUGCUUACAGGUAUGCAUGCCCGCAGCACCUUAACUUCCACCAGGACAGGCCCUGCCCAUGCCCCCUCUCAGUGGUCUCCACCUCCGUGCACAAUUUCACGCACCCCGUUUUCUUAGCCUGUAGGAGAGACAGUUACCACGCCAGGCUCCCCAAAUACACAAUCACUUGUACUUGAAAUCUCUCAAUGCCCUGACACUUCACCCCCAUCUCCAUGGCACUGAAUUACUUCUCUGCAGGGGCUGGAGUUCGGGCCUCUCUGACAGAAGCCACUGGAAGGAGUGGGAGGAUAUAGCUGGUUCUUCCAGUCUCUUCCCUCAGAAACCUCCCUUUGCCUAAAGUCCAGGGUAGGAAUUUACGAGAACUAAGUCACUGAAGGGCCAGGAGCAAGCGGGCAGAGGCCCAAGCUGCUGUGCAUAGCUUUUCCUGUGCUAACUGCCCUGGAAAGGGGAGGGCGGCUGGUUCUGUUCCGGAGACUCCUGAGCACUUUGCUACUGGAGGCGUAGGAACAGGACUUCCUCUUCAGACUUACCAGGGAAAGUCUCCUGUCCAGGCUGCAGAUCCUCCUCCAGACCCCACUGAAGUUAAGGCUCUGAACAUCUGUAGGGGGCACAGCUAAUGAAGCAGGCUUCUGUAGGCAUGCUGGCCGAGCUUGUGAGAACUGGAGGGCCAGGUUCUUCCAAUGCCCUCUCCAGUUGUAAGGAACAAGGUGAGCCUGUGGCUCUAAGUCUCUUUACGGUACCACUGGUUGGGCCCCCGAAUUAGCAGUCUGGUGGAAGACACUGAGCCGGCUAGCCACAUGCCAUCACAGGUCUCAGUGGAUAGGACUCAGAGGUAACUGUUCCCUAGGGGUUACGUCACCAGCAUCAUGUGAGCUCACUGGAAGAAGCCCAAGAGAGAGGGCUGGGUCUGAUUAUAAGAGAAGGCUGAGCGAUCACUUCCUCCCCUCCCCAACCCAUGAACCAGACAUGGCUCCGAAAAUGUAGGUGUCAGAGAGAGUGUGACCGAGCUCUUCAAUCUAUGUGACUUAUUUGUGGUUUUCGUUUGGUUUUGGUUUUGGCCUGUGUGUAUGGGCUCCCAGAAAGGGGCUAGAAUUAGCGGGCACACCCCUCACGGGGUGGAAAGCGGAUGGGUCCCAGGUCUCUGUGUGUUCUGACCUUUGUACAUCCCUGUAGCCCUGCUGGCAAAGUGAGUGGGCUCCCCUGUGUCCAGGCCCCUGUUGCUCGCACUUGUGUACACCCAGGCUGGCAAACCUCAGAGCCUCUGGGCUCUGGAAACUAGAGAACGAUCAUUAAACCUGGCUUGAGUCUCUG